AUGGGGGGAGAGGUCAGACCUUCACCUUCCUCCUCACCCCUCUUCCUUCUCCCCCUCAGUGCUUUUCCUGGUAGUCCUCAUCCUCCUCUUCAGCCUCAUGAUCUGGCUGACCCUCUACCCCUUGGGCUUCCCCAAAGCCCUGCUGAAGCUGAAGGACAUCGACGACUUGAACUUCAAGCUGCUGCUGCUGGGGAUCGCUGCCCUCAACUUCUUCGCUGCCUUUGUGCUGGAGACCGCCCUGGACCACGGCUUGCUCGGCUGCCUCCGCAAGCUGCGCAGGAAGAAGGCAUCCAAGAAGCUUUUCAAGAGGCUGGAGAAGGAACUGAGCCAGCAGCAGCCAAAUUGGCCACCCCUUAACGAACCUCUCUUUGCCACACCCAAGAUGUCCAUGGCCAUGAGAUAGCAGAGCCAGGGCUCCCCCUGCCCACGCUGCCACCAGCCCUCCGACACCGUCCUUUAUUUAUUGGUCCUGGACAGCCGAGGGCUGAGCUGGGCAGGCUCUGGUGGGGGCACCUCAGCAUCACCCUGUGGAUCCAAGUGGAGGAGACACUGGAGAAGGUCCAGAAGGAGGGAGAAAUGGCCCUGCUGCGCUCUUCCUCCAGCACCUCUCCCAUUUCCAUGCUGGCCUUGGACCCAGCUCCCUGUGAGGCCAUUUCAUGGGGGGACGACGCUGCCUCCUUCUUCCCUUCUCCGGGUCGGUCAGAGGCACCGAGAGGAAGGUCCUGGAUCUCCUCACAACGAGGUCAACCACCCAAGCCUCACAUCUUUGCUCACUGUGAACAAACCUCCCCCACCCCCUUCCCCCAGCAGCCACCCUGCCCUAGAUGUGUAGGAACUGUUUACAAACCACCCCAUCCCCAGCUUGCCGAGGAUGCUGCUCCGCUCCCAGCGCCCGUGGGCACCAUCUCCACCUGUGAUGCUCCUGCAGAGCUUCUGGAUGGGACCUUUGUAGCAUUUAAAACAGCAAAGCAAGACAGAAACAAAAAGCACCCCCAAGAACCCACCCAGAACCCCCAAAUCUCUUUAUUUUUUAACUCCAGUGCCUCGAGGUGGCAGAGCAGAGCAGAGCAGGCCUCCCCUGCCAUGCUGUGGUGAGCCUUGCAGAGCAGGCCUCCCCUGCCAUGCUGUUGUGAGC